AUGUCUUCUUCAGGUGGCACCUUCAAUACUUCUGUUGAUGCACCAUACAUUUCUUCAUUCACUGGUCUUCUUGCACGCAGCAGCAGUAAUAAACAAGAAAUGAAUGAUCAAAACAGUAUUGAUAUCCCAAAUUUGAGCCCUUCCGUGUUUCUUGAUUCUCCUGUCAUGUUUUCAUCAUCAAAUGUUCUUCCAUCUCCCACUACAGGAAGUUUUGCUGAUUUGCUGUCUAAGGAUGAGGAUAGAAAGUAUUCUGAUUUCACUUUUGGAUCCCAAACAAAGCCUUUCAGUUCUUCGUCUAUGUUUUUGUCUUCUGCAGGAGGAAAUCAAUCGGAGUUAUUAAGAAGGAAUCAAGAAAAUGGGGGAUUCAAUGCUCUAAACAAGCAAACUGAAUUUUCAGCACCAAAAUCAGAAUCAGUUUCAUUUCAGAAUUUCUCUCAAGAUGUUUCGACAAUUCAAGCAAAUAUGGGGAGCAAUUCGGCUCAAAUGCACUAUACUCAACCUACUCAGUAUUUGAGGGAGCAGAAGAAAUCAGAUGAUGGAUACAACUGGAGGAAAUACGGCCAAAAACAAGUUAAAGGAAGCGAGAAUCCUCGUAGUUAUUACAAGUGUACGUUUCCAAACUGUCCGACUAAGAAAAAGGUCGAACAAAAUUUGGAUGGACAUAUUACUGAAAUAGUAUACAAGGGGAGUCAUAAUCACCCGAAGCCUCAAUCGACUCGAAGAUCAUCUUCGAAUUCGAUUCAGAAUCAUGCAUAUAGUAAUGUGGGAGCUUUAAAUCAAUCAAACUCAUUGCUUGAAAAUGCUCGUGGGGACUCUGUGACAACCCCGGAGAAUUCAUCAGCUUCUUUUGGUGAUGAUGAUAUUGAACAAGGCUCUCCAAUGAGUAACUCAAGAGACGAGGAAAAUGAACCCGAUGCCAAGAGAUGGAAGGGGGAAAAUGAGAAUGAAAGCAUAUCGGCUUCGGGCAGCAGAACGGUUCGAGAACCUAGAAUCGUCGUUCAAACCACAAGUGAUAUUGAUAUCCUUGAUGACGGUUACAGAUGGAGGAAAUAUGGACAGAAAGUUGUUAAGGGGAAUCCAAAUCCUAGGAGCUACUACAAAUGCACGUACAAUGGUUGUCAGGUUAGAAAGCACGUUGAGCGAGCAUCUCAUGAUAUGAGGGCGGUGAUCACCACGUACGAAGGAAAACACAACCAUGAUGUUCCUGCAGCGCGCGGUAGUGGGAGUUAUACUAUGAAUAGACAACCUAUUAGCUCAAACAGUGUACUUACAACUAUUAGGCCAUCUACCACGAUGAGUCAUUCUAAUGGGACAAUGACAAAUUUCGCCAAUUCAAUGACAAACAGGGCAUCGGGAUCGCAGAACCAAGCACCGUAUACCCUUCAGAUGUUGCAAGACACUGGCAGUUUUGCAUACUCGGGUUUUGGAGACUCGCUAACGGUUGAUUUGAAACCGAAUCUUCCAAGUGAAGAGCAAAGGAUUAGAAGUUGCCAAGGCAGAGUUUUGGCAAUGGAUGUAGAACCAAAUGUGUUUAGAGUAUGGAUGCCUGAUCAAGAUUGCCCUGGUCUUGCUAUGGCAAGAGCUUUUGGAGAUUUUUGUUUAAAAGAUUUCGGCCUAAUCUCAACACCCGAAGUAACUUAUAGGAAGCUCACAGAAAGAGACGAAUUCGUGGUCCUAGCAACCGAUGGGAUAUGGGAUGUUUUGACAAACAAUGAAGUAGUUAAGAUUGUGGCAUCGGCAAAGACACGAUCAAUGGCAGCUAAAAUGUUGGUAGAAUGCGCUGUUCGAGCAUGGAGAUAUAAAUUCCCGUGUGCCAAGAUUGAUGAUUGUGCAGUCGUAUGUUUGUUUUUCAAACGCUACAGACCCUUAACGAAAUCAGUACCAGAUGUUACUGCACAGAGCUUGAAUUUUGCGGAGCUUGAAGCAUAUAGCUAUCCCGGUAGUACGAAAACUGAUGAUUGCCUUGAAACGGUUUUGGAUUGGAAAGCGAAUGAAGGAUCCGAGAGUCGACGAGAUCGAUCGCAUUCUGCAGCAAACAGGCCUAGAAAACGAAGGCCGAGGAAAUUGGAUUGUAUUGAAGAUUAG